GUUGGGGCGCGUGUUGAAAAAGAGGAUUGCUGCCAAAGUUUGGGUCAGAUCGGCUCGUGGAGUAAGCAGUCAAGAGAGACUUGGACUAGAGUUGGCCACACGGUCCCCACGCGAAGGACACGAGAGCUGUACACUGCCAAGCACUCCUGCUCUACUGAGGCUGCGCGCACCCCCUGCAUCCAAAAAAACCCUCUGAGAGAUGGAAACUGCGACCAUCACCACCACGCAGACAGCUUUUACCUUUGGACUAAACGAAAGACGCGCCACCAUCAGCCUGCACGCGCCGGUCCAGGACGCAACGUCCGCAGUUCUCCCGGACCAGAGUAAAACCAAGGUGCUGAAGAGACAGCGCUCCAGCUCCCCGGAGCUCCUCAGAUGCAAGCGGCGCCUGAGCUUCAACGGCCUCGGCUACUCCAUCCCGCAGCAGCAGCCCGUGGCUGUGGCCCGGCGAAACGAGCGGGAGCGGAACCGGGUCAAGCAGGUCAACAUGGGCUUCCAGACGCUGCGUCAACACGUGCCAAACGGCGCCGCCAACAAGAAGAUGAGCAAAGUGGAGACUCUGAGGUCCGCGGUGGAGUACAUCAGGGCUUUGCAGCAACUUCUCGACGAGCAUGACGCCGUUUCGGCCGCGUUCCAGUGCGGGCUGCCGUCCCCGACCCUCUCCAACAGCUACUCCGCCGACCCGGAGUCGCCUCAUUCCACCUACUCGUCAGACGAAGGAGGUUAUGAGCCUCUGAGCUCUGAAGAACAGGAACUGUUGGACUUUACAACCUGGUUUGACAGGUACUGAUGCUGUCAACAUCCAAACGGCACCGGCAUCUGUGCGUAAAAGCGCACGGCAGCUUUCAGAGAUGCUGAUAAAAAAGACUUCCGCCUCGUUGUCUGUGCUUACAGGUGAUCAGUUACCUCUCUCCCUGACUGGGACUGCUUCUGCAGGAGUGGAGCACAAGUGAGGUGGAGGGCAGGAAGAAAGAAGGGGGGGGCAUCUGUUGCAUAUGAGCGCGCGCUCCUCUCCAAACUCACAAGGAGACGGAGCUGGACUCAGAAACAACGCUGGAAGAAAAGAACUGCUGAUGUCAUGUUUGAAUAAGUGCAAUUAACCAGAGAGGAGCAGCGGGCGCUGCAGAAGCGCCUCAGAAGUUCCUCGGGGUUUCCCGUUCUGCCUUAUUCAGAUGACGCGUAAAACACGACGUUCUCGUGGUGAAAACUGAAGAACAUUACUGAAACUGUAUCAUGUUUUAACACGAAGUCAUGUUUCCUUUUGUACACUGAGUCAAACGUUUUGUUGCCACUUCCAGACAGUGUUUUUGAGCGGACAGCCAGCUGGAAGUGAGCUGAUCCGCGUCAGGCACGUGACUGCAGCAAUACCGAGGCUCCAAACCUGUGACAGUAGUUUGGUUUCAGUAGAUGGUAAAGAGACGUUUAUUAAUGUAUGCACUUGUCCUUGUAGCCUGUACAUAUUUGAUUUUAACAGAUCUAUUUUGUGUAAACCGAGUUUUAUAAAUAAAGACGAAUCUAUUUAUAUUA